AUGGGUCAGAAUCAGGAGAAGUCGAGCGCUUCGCGGCCAAGAGAUGGGAGUAAUGCGACCUACGACCAGCAGUCUGAUGUCUCUCGUGAUUUGGGAGAUGCCUCAGGGAACGACUUGCUCUCGCCAUUGAGCGGACACCCGGCGAUCGAACGCAGCACAGAUGAAGUUUCCAUGGCCAAUCUUGACAGCCACAACGGGACUCGGUAUCGCAGUGCCGAGUCCAGCAUCGGUCCCAAUGGCCCCUCUCAAAGCGUGUAUGCCACAUUCGAUGACAUGGACUUCACUUCUAACCUUGACUGGAUCCUCAAGGACGCGAACGGCGAGGAGUUACUCGGUCCAACGGACUUCUUCGGCUUCCCGGAGUGUUCUGAUGGCCAGCUCUCUCAAAUUCUAUCCCUAUCAGCCGCGCCAACUGCGAUGGUAUCAGCGAGGCAUUCUGAUGUGGGAGAUCAGAAUGAUGACGAGAACGUGAAUGGACAUGACUCUGACACCUCUACUGCUUUAGGUGGUCUCCUGACUCCUCAGCCUCAGGAGAUGGGAGACUCUGGAGACCCGUGGCCGCUGGACACUCCCCGUCCAACACAGAGUCACAUGGCACUGCCAGCUCUGGGUAGCGACGGCCAGGAUUUUCACGCCUAUGCCAGAUUCUUCUCGGUAAUGCCGGUCAGCGAUCGCACAUGGCACGCGCUUCGGAAAUGCCUCCUCCUCCCCUUUGAACACAACUCAAUACAGUCAUUGAACUUGGAUCACUUCCCCUGCAGGGAGAAGCUGGACCACUGCAUCGACUUAUACUUUGCUUACUUUCACCCAACGCUUGACUUGAUUCACCAACCGACCUUUGACCCUGGCCGAGACCUGGUGCUGACGUUGGCCAUGAUCAGUAUUGGGGCCUGCUACUCAGACCUCCCCGGAGCCAAGGCAUUCUCCAUCGUCCUGUCCGAGCUAGUUCGACGGCUGCUCAUCUUCAUGGCUGAACAGGACCGCCGCUUCGUCCGGACGGGGCCAUAUCUCACCGCCCAACUCCUUCAGGGCACUCACGGGUACUGCACGGGUAGUGAGCGCCUGUUUGAGCUGAGCGAGUCCGGUCGCAGCACAUUGCUGCAUCAAGCGAGAUGUAUGGGUCUGUUCCGGUUCGAGGCAUCGUCAUUGACCCAGACGGACCUGAGCCUGGAAGACAUGUGGCGUCACUGGAUCGAAACCGAGAAGUUGCGUCGUCUGGGAUGGGUACUAUACAUGUACGAUGCCUCGGUCGCCUAUUUGCUGAACAACAGACCCUUCCUGAGUAUUGGGGACAUUAAGCUCAACCUUCCCGCCUCAGCAGAGGAGUGGGCAGCAGAGACGGCGCAGGCUUGGGCAGCUCUUCACCCGUCAAGGGCGUAUCCCGCGAAUCCACCUUUGGGGUCGACGAUCAGAACACUUUUUGACGGGACACCGAAUGCUGUGGAGAACAUCACCGAUGAAGGACACCGAUUUAUUGUUGUCCUGACUCUGGUGAGGAUGCUGUGGUCGCUGAAAGAGAACCGGUCAUCACCUCUCAACGACCUUAUCAUGCCCGCGCCUUUCGACGACGGUCGAACAGAUCUCCUUCGGGCUCUGGACGUCAUGUCCGUUUCGAUUGUGGCCUUGUCCAAGACCCAUACCAAAACGGAGAUAUUCCGUCUCGUCCAUCGCAUGCGGUUGAUCCAUGUGGCUCACAUCUACGGCGCGGGCGAUUUGAUGAACUGGCUGUACCCAUACCUCCGCCAUGGACCCGAGGCCGAGAAUGCCGCGGUGCGGAUGAGGCGCUGGGGCAGCGAAGACCCCCAGAGGACGCGAGAAGUGGCAUACCACAGCGCACAGGUCCUGGGCCUGAUCAGGAACUUCCCCAACUCGAUGCCCCUGGAACCCUAUCUGAUCUUCCACGCCGGCGUCAUUCUCUCGUGCGUCGCUCCUCUGCUGCCUUCGAGUCCUUGCUCGACCCAAAAUCCGCCACUUCAACUCGACCAGCUCGACCCGGGGGACAACAGCGUUUCCAAGAGGCAUUUCUACUGGAUCAAAAACGGUGGCAACCCGUGCAUCAGCGUCUUCGGCGUGCGCUCGCUCUGCUGCCCAGCUGGACGCCAGGCGGUUCUCGAUCAGACGGCCGCGUUGCUGAAACGGCAGAAGGUCUGGGGCAUCGCACAUAAUCUGGAAAAAGUGGUUCUCUCACUACGAAGUCGAGAACAAGAUGCAGUAUGA